AUGAUAUACUUUCUUCUUGCUCUGACAGUUGUCUCUGCAUUAACCUGUCCAAAGUAUUCUUGCCAUCAAGGAGGCUUCGAUUUAGGCGAAACAUGCGCCUAUCAAACUAAAACUGGCGACGUAAAGAUGCAAAUCUGUGAAGCUUCGGUAUUCUCUCCAACCUGUAAUGUGAAUCCAUCGAUCACAAAGAAUUUUACAUGUGGACCUCGCCCUCAAAAGACUCUCGAAAACUUACUCCCAGGCCAGUUCUGCUAUUUAGGCUCCCAAUGUUUAUCAGGGAAUUGUUUAAAUAAUAAAUGUGCAGGGCUUCCUUUUGGAUCUUUAUGCCAAAAUCAUGAGCAGUGCAAUGUAGGGUUGUAUUGCAGUUCAUCUGGCAAGUGCUAUGCUCAAGCUUCUCAAUUCAAUUUUUGCAAUUCAGAUUAUGAUUGCCAAAAUCCAGUAAUUUUAUUUUCUUAAAGAAAAAAUUGAAUUUUUUUAAUUUCAAAAAUUUUAAUUUAAAAUUUACUUUUGCAUAAGCACCAAAAUCAAUUCGCCUGCAAUCGCACUUUAUAUAACUCUGGGACAUGCAUACCAUAUUACAGCGUUGCUAAUGGAGACGGAAUUGGGAUGUGCGUCACUGGAUUUUCAGAAGGCCAAUCAAAUUUAUGCCAAAGUGGAGCUUGCACCCAAAUUAACCCUAAUCAUAAUGGAGAAGGAAUUUGUGUGCCUGCUUUUAAGAGCGACAAGCCAUAUCCUUUAUCUUGUAAUGCUGAUGAUGAUUGCACUGCUCACAACAGCGCUGGGACAGGAGCUGUAGGAACAUGCAACUGUGGAAUGGAUAAAAAUGGACUGGCUUACUGCAAUGCUUGGACAGGGGAUCCUCCAGCAGUUAUUACAAGAGCAUUGAUUUCUCAGCAUGUAUCACAACCAGGUAUUUUAAACUGCCAUACGAUGCUCAGAUUUACAUCAUAUUGUUUCCAGCAGACAUUACCAGCAGCUCAAGUCUUAAAUUUGACCCAAAAUAUUUUUAUUCCGCCUUAAAGAGAAUACAAUAAUUGUUGUAUGGAAUUUUUUAGAAAAACAAAUUAUUUAUUUUAAAUGCCUUAUUUUAAUAAAUACGAAUACUUGCAGGCGAUACCCCAAGAUAUCAAGGAAAUGACUACUGCACCCAAACUAUUUAUAAUGCUGACUACUGGAGAGUUUCUGCCUCAGAUUUCACCUGCAAAGCAUAUGGCUGCAGAAGUGAUUUGCAAUGGAAAUAUGACAGCUGUAUGACAUAUCUCGAAGGGUCUAACGAAUUUGCCAUAAAAACUUGUCCAAAAGGUGAUUAUUGCAACUUUGUCCAAAUCCAAGGAAAUCAAUGGAACAAUGUCACUUGUACAGUUGCUCCUACUGCAGCUCCUCUAUACCCUGGAGAACUCUGCACUACAAACUCUCAAUGCAUUUCAGGAUCUUGCACUUCAGGGAAAUGCAAAGGCACAUUUUUAGGCCAACAAUGCCAUGACAGCAGCGAAUGUCAGGUCGGAUCUUACUGCUAUUCAGUCAAUUUUGUAUUUAUUUGUGUGCCUUUAAUUCCUAUCGGUUCUGAUCAAUGUGGCACAGAAUACGAUUGUGUCCCUCAAGCUGGAUGCAAUGCAACAAGGAAUAAUUUCCCAGGGACCUGUGUCAAGUAUUUCUCAGCACCACUCGGAGCCAUUGUGCCAUGCCCUAUAAGUGGAUGGAAUAGCUUAUGCCAAAGCGGAACUUGCUAUAAUAAUGGAAUUGAUGAUAGAGGAACCUGUGUUGAAGCUCCAGUCACCUUGCCAACGUUCCCUGCUAUGUGCACUACAAGUUCUCAAUGCAUUGGCUACAAUUCGAAUUUGAACCAACAAUUUGUGGGAUCUUGUGAGUGUGGGUUUAACGGCGAUGCUCAAAAAUACUGUUCUCCUUUCCCUGGAGACGAGCCUGGUAUUAAGUAUUUGAAGCAGAUUGCAGUACUCAUGACAUCAGAUGCUAUGAGUUUGUGCCAGACAACAAGAAGAUAUUAUUCAGAUUGCUUAGAUAUGGUUGCUAGCGCUCUAGGAUUGGAUUCUGAUAACUAUUACUCAGCCAUGAUGAAUUUCACUAACUUUGUUUCUUACAUUAACAACGAUCAAUGCGUUCAGGCUGUUAUCAACAACGACUAUUGGAGCAGGAUCCCUGAUAAUCCUAAUCCACCUACUCCUACGCCACCUCACAAUGAUACUGGCUCAGCAGGUAUUUUAUCUCUCGGCUUAGCACUAUUAACUUUUAUUAACUAA